UCACACCAGCUACCCCCAUCUCUCUCUCUCUCUAAAUUUCUCUCUCUCUCUCUCUCUCUCUCUCUCUCUCUCUCCGGAUUUGUCUAUACAUAUAUGCAUACCUCCCUUUCCAACCAAGCUGGAUGACCAACUAGUCCUCCUCACAAGUCAUAACCAGACCUCUACCCGGAGAAUCCACAUCUGACACACAACCGGGUUAUCUGACCCAUACACUUUUCUCUCUCUCUCUCUUUAACGUUAUAUAUAACUCAUUUAUCACCAUUAUAGACUAUACCUCUCAAGUCUCAACCCAACCAUAGCAACACAAUGGACACCCAUGAUCAUCUUGAACAUGGAGCUUCCUACACUCCCCUCCCGGACCAACCCCAACCCGCCCGUUUUACGCCGGGUCAACGGCGACCCAUGACGGGUCUCGUCGGAAUCUUCCUCUCCGUAAUGUUCUUACUGUCAUUGGUAGUUCUGAUCCUAAACCAGGGUCCACCGGAACUCCCAGCUGAAGUAGAAGAAGAGGGUCCACAAGAAGAUCAGUAUUGGUUUCCGCCGGAGACCCUUUUGCCACCGUCGAGAGGCAAACCAGAGGGGGUGUCGGAGAAGACUUUCAGGGACUACUCCGGCGUCGGAGACGACUACCCAUGGACCAAUGCUAUGUUGGCAUGGCAAAGAACAUCAUACCAUUUUCAACCUCAAAAAAAUUGGAUGAAUGAUCCUGAUGGUCCAUUGUAUCACAUGGGGUGGUACCAUCUUUUUUACCAGUACAAUCCGGAUUCUGCUAUUUGGGGCAACAUCACAUGGGGUCAUGCUGUAUCAAGGGACUUGAUCCACUGGCUCUACCUCCCGUUUGCAAUGGUCCCGGAUAGAUGGUACGAUUUGAUGGGUGUGUGGACCGGGUCUGCCACGAUCCUACCCGAUGGCCAGAUCGUUAUGCUCUACACCGGGGACACAAAUAGUUCUGUACAGGUGCAAAACCUUGCCUACCCCGCCAACUUAUCGGAUCCUCUCCUCCUUGAUUGGGUCAAGUAUGACGGUAACCCGGUCCUGGUCCCUCCGCCUGGCAUUGCUACUGAUGAAUUUAGAGACCCGACCACGGCAUGGGUUGGCCCGGAUGGGGUGUGGCGGGUCACAAUUGGGUCAAAGGUUAAUACCACGGGCUUUGCACUCGUGUACCAAACCACUAACUUCACUACCUACGAGCUCUUGGAGGGGGUUAUGCAUGCGGUUCCGGGUACGGGCAUGUGGGAGUGCGUGGACUUUUACCCGGUUUUACUGAACGGGUCAACUGGGCUAGACACAUCAGUUAAUGGGCCGGGUAUUAAGCACGUGCUCAAGGCAAGCUUGGAUGAUAAUAAGCAUGAUUAUUAUGCCCUUGGUACAUACGAUCCGGCUACUGAUGCGUGGACACCCGAUAACCCGGAAUUGGACGUGGGUAUCGGGUUACGGGUGGAUUGCGGAAAAUUUUAUGCAUCAAAGACCUUCUAUGACCCGAAAAAGGAAAGGCGGAUCCUAUGGGGUUGGAUAGGAGAAACUGAUAAAGAAGAUGUUGACCUUUUGAAGGGAUGGUCUUCAGUUCAGACCAUUCCAAGGACCGUAUUGUUUGAUAAUACUACCGGAACCAACUUACUUCAUUGGCCUGUGGAGGAAGUAGAGGGCUUGAGGAAGAACAGCACCGAAUUCAGUGAUGUGGAGGUUGGACCUGGAUCAGUCGUGUCACUGAACAUAAGCUCAGCUACACAGUUGGACAUAAUUGCAACAUUUGAUAUAGAUGUAGCAGCGUUGGAGGCGACGGUUGAAGCCGAUAUUAACUACAAUUGCACUGGUGGUGCUAUUGCGAGGGGUGCUUUGGGACCUUUUGGUCUACUUGUUCUUGCUGAUGAAUCACUUUCUGAGCUAACACCAAUUUAUUUCUACAUUGCCAAAGACACUGAUGGCAGUUCCAAGACUUGGUUCUGUGCAGAUGAAAUUAGGUCAUCAAAGGCUUCUGAUGUUUAUCAACGAAUUUACGGCGGCGUAGUACCUGUGAUGGAUGGUGAAAAAUUCACAAUGAGAUUAUUGGUUGAUCAUUCCAUAGUGGAGAGCUUUGCUCAAGGAGGGAGGACAGCCAUCACAUCGCGAGUUUAUCCAACAAAGGCUAUUUACGGAGCAGCCCGCGUAUUCUUAUUUAACAAUGCUACCGGAUUGAAUGUCACGGCGUCACUGAAGAUCUGGGAAAUGGAUUCAGCACACAUUCACGAUUUCCCCUUCGAUGAGAUGUCAUAUCCUUGAAGAGCACAAUUUGUUGUAUUAUUUACUCUGUUUCGCGUUUGGUUGUCCAGAAAGUGAGAGAAAAUGGCAGAAGAUUUAGAAUGCAAUACAACCAAGCGCAAUUUUGGAGUACUUAGUUUUUGUGUAGAACUGCCUGCUCAUGUUUGGGCAUGUCCAUAGGCAAUAUGUAUUGGAAUUCAUCUAGAGAAUAAUUUUAAAAUUUUGAGAUUUUCCAAACAUGUUUAUUCUUUUCAUGGACAUUUUUCUUGUGUCUGAUCACAUGAAAUGUAUGUAUAACAUGGGCAUUUGUACUGGCUAGUAAUUCACGAUUAUUUAUUGUAAGAAUGGUUUUUGAUGA